GCGAUGAUGCGUCCGUUCGCCUCGUCGCGAGCUGGACGGCGGGGUUUCGGCGCACGAGGAAAUCACGUGAGAAAAAAGAUGAUGGAGGAUAAGUCUCGAGAAAUGUCUGGAGUUCACAAGAGGAAACAUAUUCAGAGUAUAUAGGUGGGCAAAGUCACACAGCAUGGCGAGUGUUUCCUCGCAGUCGUCAGCGAAGACAGUGAACAGUACACAAGGAUGAACUGGACCGUUUUCUGCGUAUUGUUAGGGAUUGGCUGUUUUUGUCAUGCUCGCGACGAGGCGAAGGAACGUUUCAUCGUCACCCGCUCCACCAGGACGGACUUCAGCCUCGCCACGACCACCACCACGGUGCCUUACUCAUGCAUCUCCGGUAACCUUCCGCCCAUUGCUUGCAGACGGGCAGCAAUGAAAUACAUUUCCAACCCCGGUUCCGGUCUGACCUUAGCCAGCUCGAUGUAUCCGGGAACCGACGCUAAAACAGAACCCGAUCGCCAACCACGAGCCGCUGUCACUGUCUGGUCGACUGUCUUCUCCACCUUCACCGUCACCUCGACCUUCACCAACAGCGCCACCACAAUCCCUGUCUCCCUUCUUUGCUCAACAACGGGAACAGCCCUUCCUCCCCCGUGUUAAAACAAUAGAUGUCAAGGAAAGUUUACGUCGACUUUAAUAGGACUGUUUUCACUGUAGUGCGUAUGGUAGAGAUCAAAAGGAUUGCGCGGUCAUCUUUGUAAACUCUCUCACCUUCUAUCUCUCUCUCUUUCUCUCUAUCUCUCCCUCUCCCUCUCUCUCUCUCUCUCUCUCUCUC